UGGCACGACUCCGCCGAGGCCUUGUGGCUGCUUUGACGCCAGCAGCAGCAACAACAGCAGCAGCAGCAGCAGCAGCCCCUCCUCCUUCUCUCUGGCUUAGUGUUAAGCACCAGCAGCAGCCGCUUCCGCAGUCUGAAUCGCCACCCAUCAUGUUUUAUUUCCACUGCCCCCCGCAACUCGAGGGUGCCACGCCCUUUGGAGGCCCUUCCACGGCGGACUUCGACGACGGCUUCUUGCGCCGGAAGCAGCGACGAAAUCGAACCACCUUCACCUUGCAGCAGCUGGAAGCUCUGGAGGCCGUUUUCGCUCAGACCCACUACCCAGACGUGUUCACAAGAGAAGAGCUGGCCAUGAAGAUCAACCUCACUGAAGCUCGGGUCCAGGUCUGGUUCCAGAAUAGAAGAGCUAAAUGGAGGAAAACAGAGAGAGGUGCUUCUGACCAGGAAGGGUCUAAGGAGACAAUGGCUGAAGUGACACCUCCAGGAAGGAAUUUAAACUCCCCCUCCCCAGUUGACCAAACAAGGAAUAAGAAGGAGAGUCUGGAGAUUCAACAGAGCCUCAGCAGAACAGUUGGCCCUUCUGGCCCCUUUUUCCCCUCCUGUCUACCAGGAACUCUCCUCAACACAGCCACCUAUGCCCAGGCUUUAUCACAAGUUGCAUCCCUCAAAGGUAGCCCACUGUGCUCUUGCUGUGUUCCUGACCACAUGGGCCUCUCCUUCCUCCCCACAUACGGCUGCCAGAGUAAUCGUACGGCAAGUGUGGCAGCUCUGCGCAUGAAAGCACGGGAGCACUCUGAGGCUGUGCUGCAGUCAGCUAACCUCCUGGCCUCUGUCAGCCCCACCCCCACUGGAGGGGCCAAGCCUGGCCCAGAGAAUGCCUUGGACAACAAACCUCCCUUGACCAUGGAACAGAAUGAAAGCGAGAAGAAUGUUUGAAACCCUACCUGCCACAUCACAAUGAACUCAAACACCCCAAGAAAGCAAAUCCACCCCAACAGAGCACCUCUACAACAAUCUGGAUUAUUUUGUAACUGGGAGAAGCCUUGGUAGUUGCCCUCCACUAACCCACCAAGCUACAAACACUAGCUUUCU